GUAUUUAUUUAACGUGCAAUUAUUUAAGUAAUAGUUUAAAAUGCUGGAGCAUGUAGAGGUGAUUGUUUAUUCUUUAUUUCGAUGGAUUUUGUGUUCGGUAGGAAUAGAAGAGAGUGAGAAUCUUCAGAGACUCCAGGCAUAUCUCAGCAAAGCGUACAUCCGCACAGCAGUAAUGCAAAUAUCAACUUUCAUAGAACGAGUAAGAAAUCCAUUUACUAUUUUCCUUAUCCACGGUAUUGGUAGCGUGCAUUAAAUCGUCAAUAUGUCUUCCAAGGUUGGUGGCAGCUACUACCAUAUUAAACGGCCGCUGUUUGUCCUGUUGAACGAUGAUGACGACGUGAGGGAACAAUUUGCCUUUCAAAUUGCCCCUUGGAUCGACAUGUCCUAUCCAACCUGGCUGAUCUUCCUGAGGCCUGAGACUUCGAUCGAGGCCUUCUUCGACAAGAUUUACGUUCAAUUCGACUGCACAAUAAUGGCAUCCAAGCCCGACGCGGAUUCCGAGAACCCAGGGGAAAUUAUUACUGAAGUUUAUCAGAUCGAUAGAGGAGAGAGACUUAGGACUGGGUUAUUCGCCACCUGGAAAAUAGAUACGGGAAUUAAAUUACCACGAUGGAGUCUUUACCAGCGUAGAAGUGAUCUCCAGGGACACUUAUUUCGUGUCAUGUCCAUACAGGAUCCACCUCAAUCUAUGAUAAUUCAUGACGACAGUGGACGUGUAACUGGACUUGGUGGAUUUUUCGGGGGAUUGAUGGAUUUGCUCCAGGAGAGUAUGAACUGCACAAUUCGAGCGUACAUCAAAAGACCGUCGUCUUCAGCUUUGAAAUGGGGUGUAUAUUUGAAUCCUUUUGAACCCAACGUUUGGUUUGCAAUAGUACUGACAAUAGCUAUUACAACUGCUGUAAUUUCCCUACUUACAUCUGCGAUAUCGUUGUAUGCGAAUUGGUGGAAAGACAAUGAAACAACAACAAGGAACGUACCAGACAUAUUGUUCGCGGUCUUCGGGGUGUUCUGUGGUCAAGGAAUGGCUACCUCGAUCCUAGAUCCAAUCCGGAUAUCUCAUUUUGUGAUCCAUCUGACAGGAGUUGUAAUCCUCGCCGCGUACUCUGCAGCUCUUAUCAGUGCCCUGGCUGUCAAAACAUUCGUCCUCCCCUUUACCACCAUGGAGGGCCUUCUCAAGGACAAUACAUACAGAUUUGGAGUCGUCAGAAACUCCGCUGAUUUUGGACUCUUCCAGAAUACAACAGAUGAAAUACUGGGAACCCUUUUCGACAAACUCCUAAUGAAGGAGACGGAAUUGCCCCGUGAUUAUUUGGAAGGAUUAACACUCGUGUGCAACGAAGACAAGUAUGCGUUUAUGGCAUUGGAUCAUGCAGUGGGACAACUUCAAUCUGAGGUUGGAUGUGUUCUAGUGCCUCUUGACACGAUAUCGCAGACGUCGAUUGCUUUUGGAUUGAGACCAGGGAGUCCCUAUCGAGGCAUUUUGGACAGCAAUCUUUUGUUGCUGAGAGACAGUGGAGUCAUGCAGAGACUGUUAAAUUCACACUGGGUAAUGACUGGUGAUAACGUAAGUAUUAUAAUUAUUUAAUGACAUCUUUAAUUUAGGGAUGAUCGGGUGAAGAUGAAAUAUAGGUGAGGCACGGCGAAAUCGGUUGUGUGAUAUAUUUUUCGAGGACAAUUCAGACUAACAGGCGCUUUGAGCUUUUCAGUAGUUCUACACAAUAUUAAUUUUUUUUGUAUUCAACGCGUAACGUCUCGAAUGUUCCCCGAGUGAGAAACCGAGACAAAUAUCGCUUCAUCAUUGUCCCUGCGAUAUUAAUAUACAACUAACUAAACUAUACCUAAAUUAUACUAAAUACUAAACUAUAACUAAAUUCUACAUCACACGUAAACACAUCUCACCAAUAAAUACACAGCUUUUAUUUUAAUACGCUACACCAAGUUAUACUUUAAUACCCGCACCCAAAACUCCAUAUUUUUUGAUAAUUUAACGUAAAGAACACUCGCGAAAGCCUCGAUUUUCCAUACCAAAAAAGGAGUAGUCAUACCCUCUUCAAACCCCAUUUAAAAAAAGACCUGGCGUAUUAUAAUGAAUUUUAAAUUUUAUUUCGUGGGAUAUUUCAAUGUA